GCUCGCGCUUCCCUCGUGCCCAGGUCCCAACCGUCACCCGGACCUUGGACGCUCGGACUCGGGCCGAUUCCGCGGCCGUCGCGAACAUGGCCGGCUGAAGCUGUCCUCCAGGCCGUCGACCGCGCCCACCGCUCCCAUGGGCAGCUUCCUGGGCAGGCCGGGUCCCUCGGCGUCCCCGGCCCGGGCGCGCGCGGAUUCGCCAGAGAGGCCUCGGAUCCGCGGGCCGGCUCCGCCGCUCUGCCACGUCCAGCGGGUCCAGUACAUCCAUCGCGCCCAUCCCGCCCCACGGCGCAGGCCCUCGAAGAGGCCGCCGAACUGGGACCCUGCCCAUCCGGCGAGGGUGGUCAACGAGGCGUGGAGGCGCUUUCCCAUGAACAGGUUCCAGAAUUCCGUCGUGGGGCCGCUGCCCUCAGAUUGGUGGGAGAGCUACCUCAAGCGGACCAUUUGGUCGCUGCGGCACCCGCGGGCGGUGUGGAGCCCCGUGACGGUCAAGAUCGCUUCUCCCGAGCAGAGGGCGCCCCCCUCCGUGGCCUCGGCAGGCGUGAUUGCCUCCGCGGGGCCCUCGGAGGAGCCGCCAGACCCGUGCGCCAAGGAGACGGUGCUGAGGGCGCUCCGGCAGAGCCGGCGAGGGGGCGCCAGGGUGCGGGAGCCGCCGCUCCCCGAGAGCUCCGACCCCGAGCGGACUCGCGAGAGCCGGCCCUCCGCCUUCAAGCCGCUGGCGAAACACCGGGCCGGCGCCGGUUUCGUGCCCAGGCCUGGGCCUCUGAAAGGGAGCGGCCACUCGUGGAGCUCCGGUCACAGCUUGAAGAGGCUCGGUUGCUCCUCCGAGAGCUCCUCUGCUGGAAGACGCUCAGCAGGCCCCCUGUGCGCCAAAAGAAACGCCAUAAGCAGUUCUUACAGUUCUUCCAGAGAUUCCGCAGAGCCGUGGAAGAGAAGUUUUUCCAGCACAUCAAUCCAGACACCAGAGUGGCCCGUGAAAAGGAAGCAGAGAGGUCCCCAGUCUCUGCCUCCAGUCCCAGCCGUGUCAGACACUGGAGCCCCUGGAGCCCCUGACGGUUGUGGGCAGCGCAUUCUGAAGGUUCCAAUGCUGCCAUCUCACCCCGGGAACCUGCUGUCUACCAGCCCAGCUCCCCAGGUCCUCGUCACUGUCCCACGUGUGAGCUCUGCCUCUGGGGAGGCCCUGACCUCGGGGAAGGAAACUGAGCGGCCAUGGAGUGACCAAACCAGAGAGAACACAGGCCAGGCCUGGGCUGGCCAACCUCCCCUGCCUCUCACUGGGCCUCCUUCAGGCACAGCAGCUGCCACCGGCACAAUUCCUCAGCUGGAAAUCUUGAAGACGCAGAAGUCUCCAGGUCCACUGGCCUCCCCCGGGUCUACUGGAGAGGCAACCAGUGUGGUGCAGUGCUCUCAGAAGACACCUAACCUGCCGACCCCAGCUGAACACUCACGCUCAGAGCCCCCGGCAGAGACCUCUUCAGAGGCAAAGCCCACAGCUACUCUCAUCCAGCUGAGCCCAGCCUCUCCCACACCACCAGCCACUGACACCGCUGGGCUUCCUUCAACCCCCCAGGCUGACAGUGGGUUCUUGGAGAAGUUUUCGGUGUAAUUUGACCUUGAAUCCAGCUUCUCCGUGAGGAUCAGUGGUUGACCCUCAGGGAACUCUGUGUGCUGCUGCUGUUGUGCUACUUCCCCAACAAGCUGCCAGUCUUUUCCUGAGAGGCGAUAGUCCAGCCCCAUCCUCCUCCUGCCAAUUGAAUCUACAAAGUGAAGACUGUUGUGUGAGACCCCAGAGGUUACUCCUCACUCCAAGAAAAGGAGGCCUUUGGCCAGUGGCCUUCCAGGUUUGCACCCAGCAGGAGCGCCUUCCUGGAUGCAGGUCUCCACUUGCCACCUUCUCCCCGGCACCCUCCCGUGCAUACACAUGAGACCUGCUCUCUUGUCCAACGCUGGUGUCUGCUGUGUGCUUCCGACUGCGUGUGGGGCAGGGCGGCUCCUAGGAGUGGUGCCACUGGUGGGGUCUGGCUAAGGGAUGGGCAGGCACACUUCUUCAUGCUACAAGAGCUGGUUCCUGAACGUACAACAGCGCGUGACUCUAAGGGACAGCCUCUCGGGAAAUCAGAGGGCCAGGAGGGAGGAACACUGGCCAUUCCUCCAGCACCAGCCAGAAAUGCACAAGCAGGGAACAGAGCUUUUGUCUUUUUAUUCCUGCCUCAUCUCCUCCCUGUUCAGGGCCUGUGCGGGGAGGGCAGGUGGAGCAGAAAGCCCUGGGGCCUGAGAACAGAGUGAGAAGGGCGAAAGGGCAGGUGCCCGAGGCCACCCCAGGGCAGCGCCUGUGGGAGGGGGUGGGUGAGCACUUACCAUCCUGAGAAGAGGCUAAAAUGGCUUCCUGAGUACAUGGGCCACCCAUCUCCUGCUGAUGGGGACUGUGACGGAGGUCUAAUUGGAAGAACAAUAUUAAGUUAGAUGACAAAAUAAAAUUGUUGAAAUAAA